AUGUGCGGGCUGACCCUUCGCAUCCGCAACUUCGAGGUCCCCCUCCACGUGCCCCGAGGCGACCGCGCGGUCCUCAAGUGCGAGUUCGACCUCCAGGGCGAGCGCCUCUACUCCGUCAAGUGGUACAAGGGAGGCAGGGAGUUCUUCCGCUACGUGCCCAACGAGAGGCCGAUGAAGCAGUCCUACAACGUCACGGGAAUAGAGGUCGAUCACGAGGCGAGCACAGGACAACAGGUGGUGCUCAAGGACGUCUCGCUGGCCACCUCCGGCAGAUACAAGUGCGAGGUACUGGCCGAGGCCCCGGCCUUCAACACGCUGGUGGAGUACGCCAUCCUGACCGUCGUGGCCAUCCCCAAAGAGAAGCCUAUCGUCCAGGGCGCGCAGGAGAGGUAUCGUCCCGGCGACUACGUGCGCGUCAACUGCACUUCCGCUCCUUCCAAGCCCGCUGCCACCCUCACCUGGUUCAUCAACGAUAAUAUAGUCCCCACCGAAUACCUGGUCCGCUACCAGCCUAUCAUGCUGCCCGACGGCCUCGAGCAGUCCACCCAGGGGCUCCACUUCAAGGCGACCCACGAGCACUUCCCGCACAACAUCAUGUCUCUGCGCUGCGCCGCCUCUAUCGGCUUCUUUUACAACAAAACGGAGGAAACCAGUCUUGAGACCCAGCGCCCCGCGCUCUCUCUCGAGAGCCGUAAACACUUCUACGGCAGCAGGAGCGCCCCCCUGCCCCACGGGUCCCUGGGCCUGACUCUGGUCUUGCUCGCCUGCGCACUGGGCGCCCUCAGAUAAGCACUUGGCGGGUCUCAGGGGCGCCCUUGCCCUCCCGUCAUCGGCCGAUGCUCUUAGGUGAUGCGAGGUCAGAGGCUUCCUGGAGUGCCGUGACCUGGCUCAACCCGCGCCGGCGUCCGAUCGGCCUCCCUGCGGCCUCAGUCAGGGCGCUCGUCCGCUGCCUCCAAAGUAUUAAGGAAAGACGCUUAACUGGCCCUUCAGUUAACACAAGGAUUUUAGCUGUGUCACAAAAGGCUUUGAAAUAAUUAAGAUGAAUUAUUUGUGUAGUGUCAUAUCACCAUUAUGUUGAUGGUGAAAGCAAGAUGCGCUGUACGUGAUAUUCAUUGCAUCCUGAGCAUCAACAUGUGCUUUCAAUUGCUAAAUUUGGGGCAAUGAAUAACAUAGCUUCCUGACAUGUUUUCAGCAGUGUUGAUUUAUAGGUGUGUGUGUGUCCAUGUGCGGUAGACAGUGUUUGAGCAUGGCUGAGUGUCAGUAUGAGUGCGCGCGUGAGUGAUUCAUUAAUUUAUUUUUGUAUUCAGAUUAACGUGUUUAGACUUGUCAAGAACACAGCUGGCGUUGCUUCGUGGUGAAGCUUGGUGGUCAAGUCUCGGUGUGUCUACAAGCAACUGUUGAUGUUCGGUCCUGAUAACAUAUACUCGCUUAUGUGUUGUUACCACGCACCAUCAUGCACCUCUGAGUUCCCCUACCGCCCUCACUACACCCUCACGCCCGCCCACGCGCCCGCAUCGGCCAGCUGCGCCCACACAUAUCGUCCUCCGAACGCCUCUCGACCAACCACAGUUCAGCUUGAUGUAGCGAUGACGAAGUGUGGCGGUGGUGACCGAAGUGGGGACUCAGCCACACCCGCCGCCACCCUGCGGAUGUCACUGUGCCAGACCCUAGCUAAGGUUUACAUGUGCGAGAACCCGAGUGAAACGUCUUUAUGUCGGCCGGGCGACACGGCCAAAAGUGAUCCUCUUCUCUCUCUCUCUCACUUUUCUUUAAAU